CGUUUUGAUCGUCGAGAACUUGGAUUGUUGAUUUAGAUCCUGAUGAUUCGUAAUCACUUGAAAUCGAGGAUGUAUCCUAGAGUGUUGCGUUAGAGUAGGAAGAGAUUUAGAGUUUGUUGAUUCGUAAUCGAGGAUGGAUCUGCGCUUCUGCGUUCGUGUGUUACGAUUGUUCCGUGGAUGAUAUAGUGUUUGCUUAGAACGAUGAUUAUCGUAGAUUGUGAGCAUUUCGAAAUGGCUGAUAACAAGGAUGGAGUGACCCCCAAGAGCUCUGCUGCUUUCCCUCUGAGGAACCCUAACGUUACUCUUAACGAGAGGAAUUUCGCAGCCUUCACAAACAGAUCAGCUGCUGCUCAUCCAUGGCACGACUUGGAGAUUGGCCCGGAAGCUCCUGCAGUUUUCAACUGUGUUGUUGAAAUUAGCAAAGGUGGCAAGGUGAAGUACGAGCUAGACAAGAACAGUGGCCUUAUUAAGGUUGAUCGUGUUCUGUACUCAUCCAUUGUGUACCCACACAACUACGGCUUCAUUCCCCGAACCAUUUGUGAGGACAGUGACCCUAUUGAUGUCCUGGUACUCAUGCAGGAGCCUGUGCUGACUGGAUCGUUCCUCCGUGCCCGUGCUAUUGGUUUAAUGCCCAUGAUUGAUCAGGGUGAAAAAGACGACAAGAUCAUUGCAGUCUGCGCUGAUGAUCCAGAGUUCCGUCACUACAGAGACAUCAAAGAGCUUCCUCCUCACCGUCUAGCUGAGAUCCGCCGCUUCUUCGAAGACUACAAGAAGAACGAGAACAAGAAAGUUGCUGUUGAAGGUUUCCUCCCUGCUCAAGCUGCCAUCGACGCAAUUAAGGACUCCAUGGAUCUUUACGCAGCUUACAUCAAAGCUGGCCUGCAGCGUUGAUGAAUAAACCUCGGUCAAGCCUGUUCCUCCCGGUUUGCUUCGAUUUCACUAUCACUGAGGCCUUCUUAUACUACAUUGCAUGUUAAACUUGGUACAUUUUUGCAAUGUACAUUGAAAAACUUUGUCGAAUCGGAAGCUUUCUGAUGAUGACGAUUGAGAAUUCCAAUUUUAGUCACUAAAUUUGGAGAUUCAUAUUAGCUCUUUCCCC